AUGCUGCAAAAUCAACAGCGCAAACGGCCGCACUACAAUGAGGAGGAUAUAAAAGCGCAGUUGUCGCAGGUACAUUUGAUAGAAUUCGAUAGCUCGAAUGUGCAGGACGAGUCGCUCGAGCAACUUGGUCCAAUACUAAAGAAUAUCAACGAAUCGCAGCAGGAGAGAGACUAUGUGAAGGCAUUAGAUGCUUUCAUAGCAGAGAAGGACAAGGAGAUUGAGGAGCAGUGCAAAUACAAUUAUCAGGACUUUGUAGGAUCAGUGAAGACGCUUCUUGGAGUGCGCAAGAGCACAAUGCAGCUUAAGCAGAAGAUCGUCCAGGUAAAUGAUGACAUGCAGUCUGCAGGAAGAUCUCUAGUCAUGAAGAAGAAGGAAUUACUUGAAAUAAACAGAACAAACGGUAAUAUCGACCAAGCUACAGAAAUGAUGCGCGCAUUUCAGCAUGUACUCGAAAUGAUGAAAAGAGUUGAUGAGCUGAUAGAGAGUAGGAAAUACUACGCAGCUUUACGCUCUCUUGACGAUCUCGCUAUUCACCAUCUUCCACCAUUAGCGAAUUACACACUCGGUGCUCACCUAUUAGAUGGUAUUCCAGCAAUGCGUCGUACAGUCUGCGAUAGUGCAUCAUUCGAGUUGAAAGACUGGCUGCUCGGUAUCAGGAACAUUCAGCGCAUAGUCGGUGCUUUAGCUCUAUCCAACACGAAUGAAAGACAGCAGCGAUGGCGCAGCAAAAAGCAAUCAGAUCCCCUAUUAGUCAACAGCGGUAUUAACUCCCCAUUAGAACUGGUCAUGAAUCAAGAUAAUUUCGAUCCACUAAAUAACAACGACGUUAGUAUCGACUUCAAGCCGCUACUGCACUGUAUACACAUCUACGACGCACUGGCAGCUAGACAAGACUUAAGGAAAGCGUAUCAGGAGGACAGAAAGUCGCAAGCUGAUUUGAUUUUGUCAACAAGAAGUGAUCACGAUUUCUCGCAUUCGUUGCAGCAUCUCCUACAGGACGUUGUCGGAUUCUUUAUCGUCGAGAGGUAUGUACUCAGUCUGACUAGUGGCUUCAGGAGCGAGAGUAAUGUCGAUGAUCUGUGGGAUCUCAUAUGCUCUGGUAUAUCUAGCGUAGUUAGGGAUGGUCUGCGCACAUCACAGUCGCAUGUGACAGUCAAAGAAAAUGUAAUGACGUUUAUUUGGACGCUCGAAAGCUACGAUUUUGACGUACAGCAAUUGAACACGCUACUUCACGCAUUGUUCGAAGAAUAUACCACAUUACUUCAUGAUAACUACUCAAAAGAGCUAAGGAGCGUAUUUGAAGGCAGUGAUCAGCAAGCUCUUGUGGUCCAGUCUUCUGAGGAUCUCGAAAGUAUACUUAGUAUUUGCUGGGUUGACAACUCUUCAGUCUCAGCCGUAUAUUCUCAGAAACCACCUAUUCAUUUACCCUUUUCAAGCAUAUACCCAGAUUCAUGCAGAUUAUUGCGACAAUUUAUCGAAGAUUUUUACAAAUACACGGAUGGAUACGCUCAAGUGGAUACUAACAGUCUAAUCGUGGAUGGCUUAGACAGUGUGAUGAGAGAUGGAGUAGUCAAAGCGCUAAGCGUGAUUGCCGAGGGUGUCUUUAAUCUCUCACAAGCGGUCCAGUUGGCUGUAGAUGUCAGUUAUUUCGAGUUUGCAGCUGGAGAGCUAAUCAAGUGGUUGAGUGCUCUGUUUGGAGGUGUACACGACACAUCCCGUUCGUCUCACCAGCUGAAUUGUAUCAAAGACGUUAAGAAGCUGUCAAAGCAAACUUUGACGCGUAUAAGUGCUCUUAUUGGCGACAAACUCGACUCAUUAUUCGAGAUGGCAGAGGUUGAAUGGACCCCAGACUCUUCUACGGCACUCAAGAGUGACGUAAAUCCGAGCGAGUAUUUAAGGGAAAUGACAGAUUACCUCUCUUUUAUCAGCUCAUCGGUGCUGACUAAUUUGCCUACUAGUCUGCGCGACCAGGCUUAUGCGAAUGCUGUGCAACAUAUUGCUGAAGGUAUACUUGAUUUGUUGGUCGGUAGCGAAGUGCAAGUGAUUAAUGAAAAGGGACUAGAUAACGUCAGAAUCGACGUCAAUUUCCUCAUGACACAGUGUAUUAGCGACCAAAAACCACCAACGCUUACUGAACUGGAUCAGAUACUGAAUUUGGUAAAGCUGAAUCACAUACAGGCAUUCUUUGAUAGUUCGACAUUCAGGAGAACUAAAUAUGGUAAUGUGACGCCCAAGAGAACAGAACUUAUUGGCGGUGUUGGACAAGCUGAGCAAAAGUCAUUUAACUAG